ACCGAAACGCAAACGGUUCGUACUCUUCGCGCCGGAACAGACCAGUCCGCAAACAACGCACCCGCCGAUUGUUAUCUCGCGCGCGCACUACACAAUUACUGCGUUCACUCUCGUCCGUCCGUCUCGUUUCAUUUAACGCGCGCGCGCGCGCACACAGCACACGUUCGAGCCCGUCCGGACGAUGCGCCUGCAACGGGACCGCAACAUGUUCCCGGGAUCGUCCUGCGCAAACAUGUGUUUGAUGUUGUUUGCACUUGUGGGGGUUCAAUUUGCACUGUCUCAGCAAAUCAACCCAAAUGACUUAGAAGUAGUGCUCAACAUUGAAGACAGUAAUAAAACACAAUACCAUGAACAGAAUUUUGAUACCAUGGCCUAUAUAUUCGGUUACGAAGUAGGUCCAAAUGGUCAGUUCCACCAUGAAAACAAAGGUCCCGAUGGAUUCACAUAUGGCUGUUACGGUUAUGUAGAUCCAGAAGGAAAACUACAAGCGACUCAUUAUAUAUCAGACGGUUGGGGUUACAGAGUAGUUACUCCCGGUGAGUCAGUAGAAAUAUUCCACCAUAAACAUGAUCCUGCCGAUGAGAAUCAAGGAAGUGAAAGUACUGCAGAAGGAUCAGAACACGAACAUCAUGGGCAUCAUGGAGUCGUAACAGCUUGGGGUGAUCUUUAUUUCCCGAAAGGAUGUGGAGGAGGAAAACCCAUUGAAGGUAGUGGUCAAUUAGGCGGAUCCGGAUCAUCAGGAUAUCCUAACUUUGCCGGAGUCACAAAACCAGGUCCAUCGGGUGCCCCAGGUUAUCCAGGACCAUCAGGAUCCCCCGGAUCCCCUGGAGCUUUUGGCUACCCAGGUGCUCCAGGAUCUCCUGGCUCUCCUGGCUCUCCAGGUUCACCAGGCUCCCCAGGUUCACCAGGUAUCCCAGGCUCAGGUGGAUAUCCAGGAUCAGGAGGAUAUCCAGGUUCAGGAGGAUCGCCAGGAUCUCCAGGCUCAGGAGGAUCUCCAGGAUCUCCGGGCUCUCCAGGCUCUCCAGGAUCUCCAGGCUCAGGAGGCUAUCCAGGCUUUCCAGGAUCUCCAGGCUCAGGAGGAUAUCCAGGCUCUCAAGGCUCCCCAGGCUCUCCAGGCUCUCCAGGAGCUCCAGGCUCAGGAGGAUAUCCUGGCUUCCCAAGUGGCUAUCCAGGAUCUCCUGGUUCAGGAGGAUCUCCCGGAUCACCCGGAUCACCCGGUAAUUAUGGCUACCCAGGCUCCCCUGGCUCACCAGGCUCUCCAGGAGCUCCAGGAUCUCCAGGAACCCCAGGCUCAGGAGGAUCUCCUGGCUUCCCAAGUGGCUAUCCAGGAUCACCAGGUUCCCCGGGAUCUCCAGGAUCUCUUGGAUAUCCAGGAAAACCAGGUUCACCAGGCUCCCCAGGAGCUCCGGGUUCUCCCGGCUCUCCAGGAUUACCAGGAUCAGGAGGAUCUUCAGGAUUCCCAAGUAGUUAUCCAGGAAAACCCGGUUCACCAGGAUCUCCAGGCUCACCCGGAAUACCCGGAUCACCAGGUUCACCAGGUUCACCUGGAUCUUCUGGAUCAUUCGUAUACCCAGGCGCACCUGGUUCACCAGGUGCACCAGGUACGCCAGGGUCUCCUGGAAUUCCGGGAUCUUUUGGAUACCCAGGAAAACCAAGCAAACCAGGCUCGCCAGGAACUCCAGGUGCUCCAGGCAUUCCAGGUACCCCUGGUUCUCCGGGAUCUCCUGGAUCCCCUAGUAGUUAUCCAGGAUCUUCCAGCUAUCCUGGUUCAAUUGGAUAUCCAGGUUCAUCAGGUUCACCAGGUACACCAGGUUUACCAGGUUCUCCAGGAACGCCUGGAUACCCAGGAAAACCGGGUUCUCCAGGUUCAGCAGGAUCUCCUAGUUACCCAAGUGGUUUUCCUGGCUCUAAUGGCUAUCCAGGUUCACAAGGCUCUCCAGGCGCACCAGGCUCACCAGGCUCACCAGGGUCACCAGGAUACCCUGGAUCUCUAGGCUACCCAAGUGGACCAUCGGGAUCUUCUGGAUCUCUAGGUUAUCCGGGCACACCUGGUUCACCAGGCACACCAGGCACACCAGGUUCACCAGGAUUACCAGGUAAACCUGGAUCAGGCUCACCAUCAUACUAUAAACCAGGAUCAUCUGGUUCCCCCGGAACACCAGGAUCUCCAGGAACACCAGGUCUUCCAGGUCAACCAGGAUUAUCAGGUCCAUCUUACCAAAAGCCAUCGCCAUAUCCAGGAACUUCAGGUUCUCCUGGAACACCAGGAACACCAGGAUUACCAGGCCAACCAGGAACUCCAGGAUAUCCAGGCCAAACACCGGCUUAUCAAAAACCACCCACUGUAUACCCAACAUCGACUUAUCCAGGAAGCCCAGGCGCAUCAGGAUUACCAGGAACUCCAGGACUCCCAGGAGCUCCAGGAUUGCCAGGUUCACCUUCCUAUAAUAAACCAUCACCAUACCCAAGUGCUCCAGGAUCAUUUGGAACACCAGGAUCACCAGGUUCUCCAGGACUUCCAGGUCAACCAGGAACACCCGGUUUCCCAGGAUCUACAUCGUACCCUAAGCCUUCUUACCCAGUAGCUCCAGCUUAUCCAGGAUCUCCGGGAUCUCCAGGUUCUCCAGGAUUACCAGGUCAACCAGGAACACCCGGAUUCCCAGGAUCCAUAUCAUACCCUAAGCCUUCUUAUCCAGUAGCUCCUGCUUCUCCAGGAUCACCAGGAACUCCAGGUUCUCCAGGUUUACCAGGUUUACCAGGGCAACCAGGAUCCUCCAUUCCACAAUCAUCUUACCCAGGAUCUGCAUACCCGGGUAGCCCAGGUCAACCAGGUCAACCAGGUCAACCAGGAACACCUGGAUUACCAGGUAAACCAGGAUUGCCAAGUACACCAUCUUAUGUAAGCCCGCCACCAAGUUAUGUCAGCCCACAACCGGCUUAUCAAAAGCCUUCCGCAGGAUAUCCAGGAAGUCCAGGACAACCGGGUACUCCAGGUUCACCAGGAUCUCCAGGAUUACCAGGCACACCUUACUACCCAAAACCAACCCCAGCUACUGGGUAUCCCGUAGGUCCAGGUCAACCAGGAUCUCCCGGAUCACCAGGAUUACCAGGUCAACCAGGAACACCUGGUUUUCCAGGAACAGUAUACCAACCAUCCUACCAAAAACCAAGUUCCAGUAACCAAUAUGGUAGUACCUCAUCAUAUCCAGGAUCUGGUUAUCCCGGAAGUGCAGGACAACCAGGAACACCUGGAUUACCAGGACAACCAGGUACACCAGGAACACCAGGUUCAGUUUAUCCAGGAUCUACUGUCUAUCCAAGCUCUACGGCUUAUCCAACUACUACGUUCAACCAAAAACCCAAUUACCAGUCAGUGAAACCCAGUUCACAAGGUUUUCCAAGUUCUUCCUAUCCAGGAAGUCCAGGUCAACCAGGAACACCGGGAACUCCAGGAUUCCCAGGUCAACCAGGAACUCCAGGAUUACCGGCCAAGCCAACUUAUCAAAAACCAAGCCCACCACCAACAUACCCAGCUCAACCAACUUAUCCUUCACAGCCAUCUUAUUCCGGUUACCCAGGCAGCCCAGGUCAACCAGGAAAGCCAGGUACACCAGGUACACCAGGCACACCAGGUAGCCCUGCAAUACCAUCAUACCAAAAACCAAGCGCACCAGCUGGAUACCCAGGUUCUCCUGGUACACCAGGCCAACCAGGAACACCAGGACUUCCAGGUUUACCAGCUCAAUCAUUUGGUCAAAAACCCCAACCAUCAGUUGAUUACGGCAAACCUAUUGUUGCUUCAGGAUACCCUGGAUCACCAGGACAACCAGGUAAACCAGGCACACCGGGUCAACCAGGUACUCCUGGACUACCAAGUUCUUAUCCUACUUCACCAAAACCUACACCGUCACCCAUAAGUUCAGGUUCAAACGGUUACCCGAGCAAGCCUAGCUCCCCGUCGUCGUACCCGGGUCAGGCUGUUUAUCCUGGCAGUUAUCCUCAAACACCGAACGUUCCCGACUACGGAGCACAGCAACCCAACGCGUACCCGCAGUACGUGGGUUCCGGUUACCCGGUACCACCACCAUCCAGUGGACCACUGCCCAACUACCCGCCACCAAGCCAGCCGUCUGGUUAUUCCGAAGGGUUCUUCCAGCUGUACCCGGGUCAAAACCAGAUAUACCAACCGGAUUACAACGUGUACCCUAGUAAUGCCGUGCCCAACGGACCUUACCCUUACGGCGAAAACGCUCUCGGUUAUCCCGAGCAACAGCAGUUCGGUUAUCCGUCGUCGGACAACAAACCGAAGAAACCACAACCGACCACGCCGGCCACCGGGUUCACUUCAGCUCUGCCGUCCGGCUACGCAAGCAAGACAACCGCAAGCCCUUCGGUCCCGUCACAGUACACCACCCCGAGCUCGGCGGUGCGCAUAAACGUGCCGGACCAACAGCAGGAAAGCGACUUCGGUCAGAAGACCGUGGUUCUGGGCAAGAACGAGUUGUCGUCGUCGGGUUCGUCCGAGCACUCCAGCUCGCUGACGCCACAGUACGCCAGCCCGACUGAUCAACCGACCAGGACGCCAUACCAGUCCGGCCAGGAGUCCAACGUAGUAGUGCUGUCCUCGGCGAAACCCCAAGAGCCCACCAUUAAGACCGACUACGCCGAACCGUCGAGCACCGCGUCUUACGGCGGGGACCAGUUCACCACCCUUGCGCCCGACUCGUCCACGCCCGUCAACGUCAUCCCUUACCCGCUGCCCAUCGUGCCUAAUCCCGGAUCGUGCCCGUGCUAUUUCGUGCCGCCCACCGGCAACUCUACCGGCUACCAGCAGCUGCAGCAACAAGCCGCCUUUGAUCUAAACAACCUGCCGGAAGGCGCGGUCAUCGGCUUCGUCCCGGUGGUGUUCUACCCAUCAUGCGGUGCCGCGUCCAAGGAAGCGCUCUCGUCCAAACUGGAACCUGUUUUCCCGUCCGCAUACCAAGUGCCGUACAAGUGUUCGUUUUGCGAACAGUCUGAGUCACAGACCGCAACCAUCAGGAGCAGUUUCGAUCAGGUGGUGAAACCGAGCCAUUUCAAUCCGUCGGUCGUGGUGAAAAGGCCGAGCAGGAAGAGCUACUCGGACGCACCGGCCGACGACCAACCGGAAUUCGGACGGAAGAUCAAAGUCGUCAGAAGGAAAUCUAGAGACGAACAAAACUGAGAUCGGAUGUUGUGAAACGUUUAGACUAAUUUGAACGCAACACGGAAAUCGAAUACAUUUUUAUCGACGGUUAAUAUUAUUAACAUUUUGUAGCAUUGACAAAUCAUACUAUUGUAAUAAUACACCUGUUUUCCAUAAAGUUUGAAUCGAUUUAAUAGCAUUUUAUAGAUCGAACACCGAAAAAAAGCUCAGAUAAUUUUAUUUUUAGUUUAGGCGAAUUCUCACGAUUUUAUACGAUCAAAAUAUAUUUUUAUAAUUACUGUUCAAAUUACACUGGUAUUAAACGGAGUAAUUUUUUAAAAUGUAUUCGAAAACAAUCAAAAUCUUGCAUAUUAAACAAAAAAACUUAAAACUAUGUUAAGAAAGUGUAGUUUUUCGCAUUACGCCAUAACUGUAAUUUUACUCGUUGCCAUAAGUUUUCUAUUUUAAUGUAAAAAUAAAUGUUCAAUCAGUUUAUUAUAGCCCGUCCAGAAGUUACCAAACAUUUAAUGUCAAUUUAUAAACACUCUCACGUAAGUUUAAGAGAUAAAUCUAAUGUAAUGAUAAAAUUGUAUAUAUUUAUAAAAAGGUAACUCCUGGAUAGACGUUGAUUGGUCAUGUAAAUUUUGAUUUUAAUAACGCUACAUUUAAAAUUGUUAUAAUAUUGCCAAUUUAAAAUAAAUAAAGAACAAA